AUGAGUACAAGUUCGUUGACUGCUUUUACUAUUCAAUUCAAUCGAAUUACACCAAUUCCUAUAGUAGUUUUGGGUUGUAUGGGAAAUAUUCUUAAUAUUUUAGUUUUUACACGUCAACGACUAAUCAAAAAUCCUUGUUCAACUUAUUUUUUAUGUUCAUCAAUAGCCAAUUUGAUCGUUCUCAUAUUUGGUUUAGUAUCACGAUUUUUUUCUGAUGGUUUGGGUAUUGAUCCUGUUUCAACAAAUUUAGGAUUUUGUCGAUUUCGUUAUUUUAUUCUUCAUUGUUCAAUGGUUCUUUCAUCUUGGUUUACUAUAUUAGCUGGUAUCGAUCGUUAUUGGAUUAGUUCUCGAAAUGUUCAACGUCGUCAAUUAAGUAAUUUAAAAAAUGCAUGCUAUUUAGUUAUUUUAACAACAUUAAUUGGCGUAACUCUUUAUUCUCAUGUAUUGAUUCUAUUUACUAUUGAACAACUUAAAUCUGGUCCAUAUUGUUAUGCUCAAACAGGAAUUUAUCGAAUCUUUUAUGAUUUAUUUUAUGUGACUACAUUUGCUCUUAUACCACCGACAAUGAUGAUUAUUGUUGGAUUAGCAACUGUUUAUCAAAUUCGUCGAAGUCGUUUAAAUAUUCAACCAUUAACAAUAAAUAAUAAUACAAAUGUUAAUCAAUUAAAAAAACGAGAUAGACAAUUAUUAAAAAUGACACUUGUACAAUUUAUUUUUAUUAUUAUAGUUACAUCACCUAUUGCUGUUCAAAAACUCUAUGCUACAUUUACACAAAAUGUUAUUAAAGGUGCUUUUCAAUUAGCACUUGAAAAUUUUCUUGCACAAUUAAUGAGAAUGCUUGUUUAUAUUAAUAGUAGUACAAGUUUUUAUGUAUUUUUUGCUACUGGACAUGGAUUUCGUUGUGAAUUUGAUCAAUUUAUAGUUAAAAUCAUUGGAUGUUUAUGUGGUAGACAUACUCGGUUGCAUAGACGAGCUCAAAUCUUCUUUGGAGAUUCGUCAAUAACUCAACGUGGUACCAUGAACCAAUCAGUAACUAUCCUUAAUCAUCAUCAAAGUAUGACAAUCUGA